AUGGCGGCCGGCGGUGUUGAGGAUGAGGGCGGCGGUGGCGGCUGCUGUGAGGGUGAGGAAAUGGGAGUGACCCCUGUGCUCUUUGAGCAACCAGUUCACAGAAACCAGAUUGGGACGGUCUCCGAGAUGUUAACUAUAUAUGUGUCCAUGGAGAAAUACAAAGUCGCUGUUGCUGCUGAUGAAAGCUGUCGGAGUUUACUUGAUGCUCAGAAAAUAAUAAAUGGGAAUCUUGCCCAUGUUAUUAACAUCAAGCUUGCAAAGUUGGGGGUUCUUGGGGCCCUUGAAAUAAUUGAUGCUGCAAGAAAAGCCAAUGUUGCUCGCUAA